CGUUUACGCAAAUUGUGUUACGCACGUAUAGUGAUGGUUCCAGGAAAUUCAGUGACGCGUAACGAGUAAUCAUAUGCUUUAAAAGAUGAAGAUGAUAUCCUGGAGAUUAAAGAGGUUGGGUGUGAGUGUAUGGACGGAUAUACUGAUCUGGUUUCUCUGGAUAGUAGUUCUCGUCUUUUCUAUAGCUCUACCCGUAUACCUGGGAGUUCAUUAUUUAGCAAUGCGAGGAUGUCAACCCCAUAUAAACCUAGAGAUCCAACCCGAGAGUAUCAAAAGCUUUAUCACACCUAAACCAGACCCGGAGCUGGACCUGGAAAACGUCCCGGAGAUUGAAGAGGACCUGAUGACAGGUUUACUUGUUGGUCUGUAUCCUCCUGAGGUCGGAGUGAGAAUGGGAAAUAUAUCUGGGAUGGUUGCUAGACUCCCGAGGACUCUGUAUAGACAAGGAACCCAGUUUGUUCAGCGUGAGUUUCAGGACUACUCCGUCAAGGACGUGUCUACUCUCUGCUCCGUUAAUGGGAACCAAGGGAAGGGUUUGAUAUCUCUAGGGUUGGCUGUGUGCAAGGAGAGUUUGAAAAGUGAAGCAGGAUUGAAGCUUCAGGGUUGGUUGGAUACACUAGAACCAGGAGUAGAGGAUGAACUAGUAGGACUAGUGCUUCAAGGAGAUCUAGAGCAAACUAUUCAUAUUAUACCAAAAAUGUUCCCUGGAGCAGGUUUAAAUGAAUCUCACGUUGAGUCAAUGCAGCAUUUAGUUCGUCCGUUCUCCAGCUCCGAGCUCGUAGGACUCGCAGGAGCAUUCCGAGCCGCAAACCUGACCGAUAAAGACCUGGCAGUUCUCAACGCGGUCAUGGGGGAAGCUUCACAAAGCCUCAGUGAUGUUAACAGUGUUCUGGCAAAGAUCAACCCUGCCAACCUACCUGGGAUCAAUGAGAACCUGGAGAAGUUAGGGAUCAAGCUCAGCACGUUCAUCUCCGAUCCCGGAGUAUUUCUUGCUUUCUUCGGAGACCCAGAGAAAAGUAAACUUCUUGUAAACCUUCAGGGUCUUUUACCAAAGUUCCGUCCAACUGAUAUUGAAGCAUUUCUGGUUUUCAGUAAAGAACUUGAAGUUGCGCAGGUUAAAUAUGGAGACCCCGAGGCCCCAUCUGUGAUGUCCAAAUUAUUCAGUAUACAUCUAGACGUUCUACUCGGCGCACUACCAAAGCUUAAACUCAGUGACGAGACUAGGUUUGGUUUGGAGGCGCUGAUGCUUCUGAUGGAAGACGACAAGUUCCAGGAUUUACUGUCAGCUGCUGAGGAGGCGCAGUUGCUGGAUUCAGCUGGGCAGCAGGCUUUCCUUCAGCUCUGCACAGAUCAAAGGUUCUUUAUCAACUGCAGAGAUGUAAAGGACCAUUGUCCCAAUGGACAGAUACUGCUAUGGGUAUCCUGUCUUGUCCCACUUCUUGUCCCUGGACUUCUCUACGCUCUCUCCACCAUCAUGCAUCAUAGAGGCUACAUCAUGCAGUGUGGGAUAGGAAAACCUUUCAACAUGCCGAAAUAUAGACUAGAUUUGUGUUCAGCCUGGGUUCUUCUUCUACCCUUCUACACAAUCUUCAUGCUACCCUGGACACUCUGUCUAGUGGUUUACAGGCAGUCCAAGGUUCUAGCUGGGCUAGCUGAUGAGGCGAGGGGUGCAGGUCAACCUCUAGAACCAGACUGUACACAUUUCAACAAUGCUUCUAGUUUUGGGCUUCUUCUUGGUGCUGGGCAGGGAGUUCUUCAUCUGGGAGUCCAAGCAGUUAUCCUAGGGGUGGUACUCCUAGCUGGAGAUAUACUCCUAGGGAUGGAUAAGGAGUACUUCACCGCCUCAACCCUUGUCGUCACCGUGAUCAGUAUCGCCCUGGCCUCGCUUGUCUUGGGCGUGUCUCAUCUGUCAAGCCAGGAGGCGUGUCGGCUUUCGGUGGACCUUGCAACGCCCCCUAAUUCCAAGAUCUAUCUGUUCUCCUCCCUGGUCUGGUUGGUUGUCUCCGUGGGGGUAACUGUAGCCUCUACCCUCAUCCUCUCUCUCCUAGUCUACGUGGAUACGCUUGGUUUCUCUGAAUGGCGAUGGUCUGGUGUUUGUAUAAUCCUCCUGCUCCCCCUGCCCUUGAUCCAGUGCUUAAUCUACCAGCUGUGUGUCCGGACCGGAGCUGAACACAGGUUCGCCUGGGGGAUCAUGGCGUCGAUGAUACCGGUCCGGUUCCUAGACAUGGAGCGGAGAAGAGCUCGACUGUUCUUGAUCCUGAGCCAGCUGGCUUGGCUUCUUACACACUCCUCCGCCUGGAUACUCUACGCUAUCUUCAUGCACGUGACGGAGUUGAACGAUGUUAUCUGGAGAACCUGGAUACCUGUGAUCAUACCAGUCCUGCUCAUCCCUCCUCUUAUAUCCUUCCUUCACUGGUCCUCCUCCCUCUCCAACCUUUACUCCGCUACACACGCACACCAGGAUAUGCAGGACGGAGAGAAGAGGAGAAGAUCCUUUCCUCCGAACUGGAACCAUAUGAGUGGGUCAGAGCUCACACCGGAAAAUCUAUCUCAGGCUGGUUUUUUCUACUCCUGUCGUAGAUUAAAGAAAGGAGAGGCAACUUGUUUCUCCUGUGGUCGCCAGGUGUCAGAGUGGGGUUCAAGGAGCGCCCAGGAGGCUCAUAGAGAUCUUACAAACUCAUGCCCUCUCUAUACAGACGUGAAGAAGAGACAUUUGGAAAACGAUGAGGAUGAAAAGUCGUCUUCCUGUGUACCCUCGUUUAUUUUCCUGAGUAUCAAUCUUCUGUUUCGUCUUGGAUCCAUUGGUUUGUUUCUCUUCGUAUUCACGGAUUCCUGGUUACUUGUUGCAUCCUCCCUGCCAACCCUAGUUCUUAUCCCCAUCCUAUUCCUGAUAAUCUCCUGGCUGCUGAACCCUGCCUGCUACUACGCCUGUAUGACGAAGACCAAGGUGAUUUGGAGUCUCGUGUCCCCCCUCCUACCUCAACCUGACUCCAACCUACAGUACAUCGCUGUAAACCUGGCAGUCAACAUUCUUCUCCACUUCCUGCUCUGGGCGGCCAUGUUAGGAACAUCACCAACGGUCGUUGAACUCUCCUGGCCUCGGCUGGGAGUAAUUUGGCCGAUCCUGGUCGCCCUGGCCGGGCUAUCGGCCUUGUCUGUUGUACCUUACUGGUGUUUAGCACUGAAAUCUAAUAGUAAAAGAAUACGUCCCGUUGAUAAAACUGUUUAUGUCGCAUCUACUUCACUAUAAACUUUACUCAGACAUCCUUCAAUGGGUUCUUUAAGUUUUUAUACAUUGUGUAUCAUAAGAAAGUACUAUUAUGUUUCUGCAUGUCGUUUCAAUUUAUUAAUGUUCCAGGACCGAUUCAAUUUAAACGCUAACCUACAUGUUAGUUAUUUGAUCUAGAUGAAAUUUUUAAGACUAUUUUUGUUCAAUGUUCAUAUAUUUACGUAUCCGACUGUGUUCGUACGCCUCAUGAACUGUUUACGGACCGCUCACGUCGAAAAGACGACACAAGAUGCGUUUAAUUGAUUAACCGUCCCAAGAACAAAUCAUAAAACUUUCUAAAAUUUGUAUACCCUCCCGGUCCAGUCCCCACCUCACAAAAAAAACUUUACAUGCAUAAACAUAUUUUUAAUCAUAUUUAUCAUUUAUGCACAUAUUCAUUAAAUUCUGUGAUUUUUAUGUACGUAAGAAAACAUAUAGUUAUAAUGUUUUCACAUUGAAUUUUGUAAUCAAAUUUAAAAACUUAAGACAAGCGCAAUUUUUUAGAAGAUUGACGAUGCACGACAUUGUUCCUAAAUUUGAUGUUAUCAAAGAAAAGUUCAUUUCGAUUAUAAAAACAAAGCAAACGGUACAAAAAAAAA